UGUAUCACUGAACAUAAUAUUCAUAUCUCCGUACUCCGUAUAAGCGUGUGUCCGUAUAAUGUGUCAAUGACAAUGUGGUUGGCAGCCAUUAUAGGUAUUAAAUACAUUUAAUCGUAAUAAAUGGUUUUCGUGUAUAAAAACCAGUAGGUACUUGAUGUAAUCCAGAGGUUAGAUUAAUCGAAUUCAUAAUUUGUAAAUCGCAGUGGGUAUAGAUAGAUAGUGGAAAGAAGAAGAUAUCAUUCGCUAUCAAAAUAUUUUAAAUUUCAAUUCAAUAUGGAUUUAGAUGGCAAGGAAACUUAUUUAUCAAUUCACCGAAAAAAUCUAACCAUAAGUACGGAUGUUAAAAACGACAUACUGGUUAAUGAACUAAAACGAAUCAUUGGAAGUAUUAUUAAACAACUUCCUAAAGAUCUACAACUUCACUAUGAAGACGAGAUUAUGGAUGGGACAAAACCUUUGUCGUAUUAUGAUUUGAGUGAUGAUAUCCAAAAUCCAAUGCUUAUUGGUUUAUCAUUGAAUUUUUGUAGGAUGCCGAAUGGAGAAUUUGAGCCCUUAGAAAUAACUCCAUAUUCAUCACCGUCAUCAGAUUUCGACGAUCUUAUAUUUUCAGAAGACGAAGAAACUUUUGAAAUUAAUUAAUGGUCAAGUAAACCAACCAAGUAAACAACAAACACCAUUUUCAAUAAUCAGUUUUCAAGAAUUUAUUUUUUUUUUGUUAAAUAAUAUACAUUAUACAAAUUUAUUUAUAAUCAAUUAACAUGUAAUAAUGGUAUAUUAAAAUGGUAACAUAAACAUUCAAUUAGUUAAAAAUAUAGCACGUCAUUAAAUGUAUACAUUGAAAUAUACCUAAUUGUUGAAAUAAUUAAAGAUAAUAUAGAAUAUA